CCUACCCCUCGAGCAACCUCGCCGCCGCCGCCGCCGCCCCCCAGCGUCCGGGUUGCUCGCCGCCGGCCAGCUCGCGCCGCCACUCCACCAUGAAGUUGAACAUCGCGAACCCCACCACGGGGUGCCAGAAGAAGGUCGAGAUCGAUGACGACCAGAAGCUGCGGAACCUUUAUGACAAGAGAAUCUCCCAGGAGGUAGUUGGUGAUCUUCUGGGUGAGGAAUUCAAGGGUUAUAUCUUCAAGAUCAUGGGUGGCUGUGAUAAGCAGGGUUUCCCGAUGAAGCAAGGAGUGCUAACUUCUGGGCGUGUCCGCCUUCUGCUUCACAGGGGCACACCUUGCUUCCGUGGUUUUGGCAGGCGUAAUGGUGAGCGCAGGAGAAAGUCCGUCCGUGGUUGCAUUGUCAGCCAAGACCUGUCUGUUAUCAACUUGGUGAUUGUCAAGAAGGGUGAGAAUGAUCUACCAGGCCUUACUGACACUGAGAAGCCCAGGAUGAGGGGACCCAAGAGGGCUUCGAAGAUCAAGAAGCUCUUCAACCUUGGCAAGGAUGAUGAUGUCCGCAGCUAUGUCAACACAUACCGCAGGACCUUCCUUAACAAGAAGGGAAAGAAGGUGAGCAAGGCCCCCAAGAUCCAGCGUCUUGUGACUCCCUUGACCCUCCAGAGGAAGCGUGCCAGAAUUGCCGACAAGAAGAAGAGGAUCGCCAAGAAGAAGUCAGAGGCUGCAGAGUACCAGAAGCUGCUUGCACAGAGGCUGAAGGAGCAGAGGGAUCGCCGGAGUGAGAGCAUGGCCAAGAGGAGGUCGAAGCUGUCUGCUGCCACCAAGGCUCCGGCUGUCUCUGCUUAAGAUGUUUACAGUCUUUCGUUAUUAAUUAUAAUGGCGAAAGAGUUUCAAGCACUUUGUUGGAUGAUAUGAAUCUAGCUGCUACUUUGAGCGUUGUUGAGUUGUAAUUGAUGCUGUUUUGCGUGAACAUGGUACCUUAUCGUCGGGACUUUGUUACUGAAUGGACAAAUUUGCAUGAACUUGGUAAUUGAUGCAGUUUUGUGUCAA